AUGAACGCCCGCAGCAUCAAAUUUGAAAUGUCUAUGGAGGGCAUGCAAGUAGAAGAGGUGGUCGCCAGUAUCUUCCACACGGUACUGUUCCACCGCUCGAGUGGCAAGUUUACCUACAACAGCGAGGAGAGCUACUCGAUCGGGACGAUCAGUUAUAUCGAUGUGGACUGCGAAUUCCUCGACUUCACCUACGUGUCCUGCCAGUCAGAGGCAUUAGGCUGCGUCGUAAAUCGCGAAAUCACGGCCUUCUCACAACUAUUGCGCGGUGCAGACGCCACUCCUCCAUACGGAUCCAUAAGCCUUGAAUUCUAUCAGAAAAGGCGCGGGCGAUGGCCAUUCCAGCCAGAGAGCGUACCAUGGGAAAUUUGGACCGUAUGUUGUGAGCUGACGCAAUCAAAAAAUGAACGGGAUAGGCAUACGAGGCAAGAGAGGGUGAUAGAAAUGCUACAGGAUAAAAUCGUGUACGUAACGGACAUUAUAAACCGUUACGAAUACGUCCCAAAAAUGCCGAGCCGCUCCGACGCAGACUUAAUCUUUGACACGUCAUAUUCUGACAUCCAGCCGUACCUCUUCAAGAUCCACUACAAUUUGUCGGGCGCACCGCCCACAUCGGUCGGUAAUACUGUGAGAAAGCUGAUCCGCGACACGCUGUCGUUGUGAUCAUAUUGUUAACAUGGAAGGAAGAGCUAGAUGAGCUGAAAAAUUAAAGAGAAACGUCGAGGAAAUAGUCUCGCACACUGUUGAAUAUGUAUUCAACAGAACU